GGUGACACCACUACGGUUCUAUACACACUGAGCUUAGUGCAGAUCCUUUACUGUCACAAUGGGUUUUAAACGCUGGUUGAAAAAACUCGUCCCGAAGAUAAAGUUCCGCAGGAAGAAGAAGGAAGAGGAAUUACCGCUUAUAGAGGCGGAGGAGGAGGAGAGGAUGCAAAUGCUGAAGACGCAGAUUUUGCCGUGGAUAGAGGUGCUGCAGCAGAUAGAGGAGGAGAGGCAGAUAGAGGAGGAGAGGCAGAUAGAGGAGGAGAGGCCGUGGAUAGAGGUGCAGCAGCAGAUAGAGGAGGAGAGGCAGAUAGAGGAGGAGAGGCCGUGGAUAGAGGUGCUGAAGCAGUUAGAGGAGGAGAGGCCGUGGAUAGAGGUGCCGCAGCAGAUAGAGGAGGAGAGGCAGAUAGAGGAGGAGAGGCAGAUAGAGGAGGAGAGGCAGAUAGAGGAGGAGAGGCCGUGGAUAGAGGUGCAGCAGCAGAUAGAGGAGGAGAGGCAGAUAGAGGAGGAGAGGCCGUGGAUAGAGGUGCUGAAGCAGUUAGAGGAGGAGAGGCCGUGGAUAGAGGUGCCGCAGCAGAUAGAGGAGGAGAGGCCGUGGAUAGAGGUGCCGCAGCAGAUACAGGAGGAGAGGCAGAUAGAGGAGGAGAAGCAGAUAGAGGAGGAGAGGCAGAUAGAGGAGGAGAGGCAGUGGAUAGAGGAGUACGUUGCUCCUGGCCCUGUACCGUUAAUAUACCCAUGGAUGCUCAUAGCGAAGGAUCAGCAGGAGCUAGAGAAGGAGAGGCAGCUAGAUAAGGAGAGGCAGCUAGAGGAGGAGAGGCAGAUAGAGGAGGAGAGGCAGAUAGAGGAGGAGAGGCCGUGGAUAGAGGAGUACGUUGCUCCUGGCCCUGUACCGUUAAUAUACCCAUGGAUGCUCAUAGCGAAGGAUCUGCAGGAGCUAGAGAAGGAGAGGCAGCUAGAUAAGGAGAGGCAGCUAGAGGAGGAGAGGCAGCUAGAGAAGGAGAGGCCAUGGAUAGAGGUGCCGCAGCAGAUAGAGGAGGAGAGGCAAGAAGAAAAGGAGAGGCGGCAGAUAGAGGAGGAAAGGAGGCAGAUAGAGGAGGAGAGGCGGCAGAUAGAGGAGGAAAGGAGGCAGAUAGAGGAGGAGAGGCGGCAGAUAGAGGAGGAAAGGAGGCAGAUAGAGGAGGAAAGGCGGCAGAUAGAGUAUAAAAUUCCUCCACCUACAGCGCCCUUUCUCCCUGUACCCUUCCUCCCUGUACCCUUUCUCCCUGUACCCUUCCUCCCUGUACCCUUCUUCUAGCCGUGGCCUCUAAUAGAGGUGGAGAGGCAGCAGAUGGAGGAGUAUAAGAGUCAUCAAUCUACAGCGCCCCCUGGUGCAUCAGAAGGAGGGGUCAUAAAGCAGGGAAUGAAGUCUCUGGCCAACAGGUUGAGCUCAUUCAUAGCUUCAUGUUUUGGUAUUUAAACUCCUCUCCAAACUCAUCUGAUCCAUCUGUAUCUACAUGUUGAGCUCGUUCAUAGCUCCAUGUGUUAAUAAACUCCUCUCCAACACGUAACGGAGGAGAUAAUAUAAAUCAAUUUAUAAAAUAUAAAAAUAAAUAAGUCAAUAAAUAAACUCAUCUGAUCCAUCUGUAUCUACAUGUUGAGCUCGUUCAUAGCUCCAUGUGUGGGUUAAUACACUCUUGUUGGAUUAUUGGGAUAUUUUUUCAAGAAUUUCAUCUCGGGGAUCAAUAAAGUAUCUAUCCAUCCAUCCAUCCAUCCAUCCAUCUAUCAAAUGAAAUUUUAAUAAAAGGUAUUUGCUCAGUGUGAGCAGAUGCCCUGAAAAAUA